CAAAACGCACCGCUUUUUAUCAGUGAGACAAAAAAAGGAAAGAUAUUAUUUCUCUCUGUUUGGAUGUGUAGAAACUGAGAGAAAAUUCUUUACAGAGGCAAAGAAAAUAUCUUCCAGCAACGCACACCUCUCUCCGAGGACUCAACCACCAACUCGCUCUUCUCCACUUCGACCCGGAUGCUUACAUUGACAUACUCUCCGCCAUUCAUAAUAAAAAGACUGGAAUCCAUUAAAAUAGGCAGGACUUCGAGCAGUGUCGUGGUAUGUGCUGCAAAAGGUCCAAGACCAAGAUAUCCUCGAGUUUGGAAAACAAGACAGAGAAUUGGAACUAUUUCCAAGUCUGCAAAGCUCGUUGAAUGUAUUAAUAAAUUGUCAAAUGUCAAAGAGGAAGUUUAUGGGGCUCUUGAUUCCUUCAUUGCCUGGGAUUUAGAGUUCCCUUUAAUUACGGUGAAGAAGGCAUUGAAGACUCUUGAGGAUCAAAGAGAAUGGAAGAGAAUAAUUCAGGUGACGAAGUGGAUGUUGAGCAAAGGACAAGGAAGAACAAUGGGAAGCUAUUUCACAUUACUAAAUGCCUUAGCAGAGGAUGAGAGACUUGAUGAGGUUGAAGAGCUUUGGACAAAAAUAUUUACAGAGAACUUAGACAGCACACCUCGAGUUUUCUUUGAUAAAAUGAUUUCUAUUUACCAUAAAAGGGGCAUUCAUGAGAAGAUGUUUGAGAUAUUUGCUGACAUGGAAGAGCUUGGUAUCCGACCAACUGUUCCAAUUGUUACAAUGGUUGGGAAUGUCUUCAAGGAGCUGGGUAUGAUGGACAAAUACAAGAAACUGAAGAAGAAAUAUCCCCCACCAAAAUGGGAAUAUCGAUACAUCAAAGGAAAACGUGUUAAAAUUCGAGCUAAGGAUCUUCGAGCAAUUGAUGGUUCUAAUAAAGAUGCAGGUAAGCAUGAGGAGACUUACCAGACUUCCAAUGAUAUGCAUGAGGAAACUGACACAAGUUCAGAUGAACUCGAUAUUGAAGCUAAUGAUCCUAGCAAGGAUGUAAUUAGGCAUACUGACCAGACUCCAAUUGAUGGUUCUAAUAAAGAUGCAGGUAAGCAUGAGGAGACUUACCAGACUUCCAAUGAUAUGCAUGAGGAAGCUGACACAAGUUCAGAUGAACUCGAUAUUGAAGCUAAUGAUCCUAGCAAGGAUGUAAUUAGGCAUACUGACCAGACUCCAAUUGAUGGUUCUAAUAAAGAUGCAGGUAAGCAUGAGGAGACUUACCAGACUUCCAAUGAUAUGCAUGAGGAAGCUGACACAAGUUCAGAUGAACUCGAUAUUGAAGCUAAUGAUCCUAGCAAGGAUGUAAUUAGGCAUACUGACCAGACUCCAAAUGAAUUUUAUGAGGAAUCCGAAACAAAUUCUGAAGAACUCGAAAUUGAAGCCAACAUUUCUUCUUAACCAGCCAGAGGUGUGACAUUCAUAUUCAUUGAUAUGCUCAUUUCUUACAAGUUGUUAGGGACUUAAGGUUGCUACGAGCUUUCUGGUGUUUCUGUUUUAUUCAUCUGAACAAAAGGCUGCUAGAAAAGUUGAAAGUUGUGAUGUCACUUGGAGUGUAAUCCAAGAUAUAGUGUUGGCACACAUUGAAUUUAUGCUGCCUGGCCUUCCUGGAUAGUUGCAAUGAUGAAGCCAAAGGCAUGUUAUGUUGUCUUUGUUUUCUCUGUCCUGUUGGGUGACCAAUCUUGGAGUGUAUCUGGAGAAGAUAACACUGUUAUGGCCACUGCAAAACAAUUUUUGUUGCUUUAUUCUGGGAAUUUUUUGAAAGAAGAUGUGGUAGGAAGUACUCAUAGAAGCUUGGAAAUUUUUUCCCUCACUUUCUUCGCUUUUUCCCCCCGGUAUGUGGAUGUAAAUUUAUCAUUUAUGUCUGAAACAACUUCAAGAAAGAAUGGCUUAAUGAGAUUGCAUGGACAUGAUUAGUGAAAAA